ACGGAUAAGGGGUCAACAAAAAAAAAAACCCCAGAAGAGGCUGCUCCGUUGUGUUGGAAAAAUGGAGCUGCCCGCCGCGGGAGAGCACGUCUUUGCGGUGGAGAGCAUCGAGAAGAAGCGCAGCAGGAAGGGGAGGGUCGAGUACCUGGUCAAGUGGAGAGGAUGGUCACCGAGAUACAACACCUGGGAGCCAGAGGAGAACAUCCUGGACCCGAGGCUGCUCGAUGCCUUCCAAGACAGGGAACGUCAGGAGCAGCUGAUGGGAUACCGCAAGAGAGGGCCCAAGCCCAAGCACCUCCUGGUUCAGGUGCCUUCUUUUGCCAGGAGGUCCAACAUCCUGGCGGACCUCCAGGAGGCGUCCCUGGACGAGGACGACCGCCGGCAGAAGUCCAGCCCCAUCCAGAUGCUGCGUCCGCAGGCCCAGCAGUACCAGCUGAACAGCAAGAAGCACCACCAGUACCAGCCGCUGUGCCGGGAGCGCGAGGCCGAGCAGCAGGCCCCCGGCAAGAAGUUCUACUACCAGCUCAACAGCAAGAAGCACCACCACUACCAGCCGGAGCUCAAGGCCCACGAGCCCGUGUUCGCUAAACCCCGGGAGCUCAAGGCCCCGGAGCUGAGCAACAAGGGCUACAACCUGCCGCCCGUGCUGCAGCAGAAGUGGGUGCGGGACAAGGACUCGGGCUGCCUGACCAAGGUGAAGGACAUCACCAUGGAGCUGAAGAACCUCCCGGCCGACCUCAACCGCCACAAGGAGCAGCAGCCGCUCAAAGCCAAGGAGGACGCCUCGCCACAGGCCAACGGCAGCAGCCGCAAGCUGAAGAUCGUCAAGAACAAGAACAAGAACGGGCGGAUUGUUAUCGUCAUGAGCAAGUACAUGGAAAACGGACUGCAGGCCGACAAGAUUAAGAACGGGGAUUCUGACGCGGCCGGAAAGCAGCCGCACGAAAAGGACGGCAGUAUGGAGAAGCACCUGGAGAAGAUGAAGCUCGUGAAAAAGCUCGGCCUCAAGAAUGGAUUUACCAAACGGCUGGAAGACAAACCAAAUGUCCUCUGCUCUGGAUUUAAUGCAGAUUUCCCCAAAGAAAAAGAGCAGUCGCCUCUUGUGGAGCUAACUGUGACGGAGCAGGGGAGGCGUGAUGAGGUCAGGAGUCAGGGGGAGCUUCCAGCGGAUCAUCCUUUACGUUUGACAAGCAAGCCUAAUCUGCUUCCCCUGCCGUUGGAGAGGGGCGCUCCCCCCGUGCCGGACAAAAGAGGCAGCCAAGGUGGGAUUCAAGGACUAAAGCGACACCUCUCCGACGCGGGGGAACAUGAGAGUAGUAAGAGGUUUCUGAGCUGCAGGAGCGUCAGCGUCCCCGACGCCGUUUCCUCAGCCUCCCAAAGCAGCAGCUGCAGCCAAAACGGCCAGCAGAGUCCGGCGGGGCCGCAGGACUGCGGCUACGCCGAUCAGGACGAGCCCAUGGACCUGAGCAUCCACAGGUCCACGUCUCCGGCCUGCUCUGCCGCUCAGCCGGAGACGCAGACGCAGGCCGAGCCGCUGGCGCGGGACGAAGGCCAGACCAGGACAGACACGCCGGCGGAAACUCAGUCUGACACACACACACCGGCAGAGGACAACGUUGAGUCUGUAGCCGUUUCUAACCCCGAAAAGAGGAAAGAGGAGACUUUCCCUUCCUUCCAGCCUUUCCUUGGGAAUAUAGUCAUCACGGACAUUACUGCAAACUGCCUCACGGUGACGUUCAAGGAAUACCUCACAACAUAACACAGCCCCGCAACUGGAACCAUGUACAGGAUAUACACGGAUAUAUUUGUAUUUUUGAAAACCUUGAAUGUACAAAUGAACUUUUUCUUUCUGUAUAGUUCAGAUUCCUUUUUUUUUAAGCAAUGUUUAUUGCAUUUUUUUCCAUAUUUGUACUCUGAAGCUUGGCCUGUUGUUACUUCUGGAGAUUUUAUCAUAUGCAGUAUCUAAUUUCAAAUAUAUUAAAUAUGGCUAAAGGGUCAAAUGUAGUCAAAUGAAUGACUAAACUUUAAUCAAAGAUGCACUUACUUUUGUAAAUAUUCUUCAAUUUUCUAUGGAUGUCCUUUGAUUUAUACUCCCAGCUAAUGUCAGGCGACUGUAGAGAAUUUUGUAAGGAAGAAAAGUUUAUUGAAUCAUGGUAAGUUACACUGUGUCCAGGUGUGUGGGUUUGCGUGUGUGUGUGUAUGUGUAUGUGUGUGUGCGUGCGUGCGUGUGUAACAGAUGUACAGUUGUAAAGGCGGAUGCAUGCUGCUUGGACAGAUGCUGCCAUUAGGCAUGCUCGGACAAGCAGAUAAAGAAAAAUGAAGCACCUUUCCUGUCAAUAGAUAUGAUUUGUGUGGUGGAAACGAAGGAUGAGAGAAAAUGGAAAUGGCCGAUUAUUCAUGGUCACCGUUUGAUACAUGUCCCGUCAUUUACUAUCCGUUCAGUGUGUUUAAGCUCAUUUAUCUCCAAAUCUGAUUGAAACAGCAGUCUCUGUAAAUUCUGUCUUGCACCAGGUUGACCUGGGUGAUCCAUCAGGUGCUCUUUGAAUCGACUUUUCAUUGUUUUUUUCCAGCACAGAAUGGGUUUAUCUUGGCAUUUUGCAACAAGGCAGCAAUUACAGUGUGUAAAAACCACAUUUCAUAUGUUAUAAAUGCCAACGUUUAAGGGGGGGGAGUCCCUCCCAACGCCAUGUGAUCUGUGGUGCGUUCAGCUGCUCUGUGAGAACGGCAGCGCGCCUGCGUUCUCAUGGGGAAGUCGAGACCUCCUAUGACACGUUUUGCAAUAAAUUGAUUGCAGGUGA